GGAAGAUGUCAGAUAUAACGUGUACUCCCAUACAUUACACUGCACCAUUCGUUAAAAAAUUGUUCUUGUCAUUGGUUCUUUCCAGAGAAAACCGUGCAUUUAAUAAUGGAGGCCAGAGCACUAAUUAUCCUUUUAGUCUUCCUGCAAUUAUCCUUUUCCUCUUCACUUCCUGCCAGAAGCAAGCGUCACGUUGAUGGGAGGUUCACCAGUGAAUUCAGCCGAGCCAGGGGAUCAGCUGCUAUACGCAAGAUCAUCAACUCUGCUCUUGCUGGGAAAAGGGACAUUGAGGAAAAUUACCAAAUAGACGUGCCAGAUGUGGACAAUCAGAGGGAAAUCCUAAAGGAACUUGCAUAUAACAGCCUACCAGAACUAAGGUCAGAGGAGAAGCAGCUGACAGAACAGAAAGCAGCAGAAGAUCUACUAUGUUCUGCCAUCCUGAAUAUGCUUUACAGGGCACCCUACCAGCCCCUGCCAGCACAAAGUGCUCAGGAUUACCAAGGAAAAAACAGCAGCGUGGAGGAAGUGAAACACAUAUAGCCAUGAAUAUUAUCACAUGUCGGCUUUCAGAUCACAAUCAUACCCUUUAGGAAGAACUAGACCCGAUUCCAUUUUGACCAUCCGCACGCAAUACUAAUUUUAUUUAAUUUUCAGCUUGGAAACUUAUACAGAGGGGGUGCAGGACUAUUGCAGUACCCUCAGUAUGGCAACUCCGUUCAAAGAUUGGAGCUCCGACAUGUUGCACCCUCACUGCAUUUAAUCUUCUUGAAAGGAGGAUUUCCAUGGACUUUAAAAGAAUAGUACAAUUCCACCAAUUCAGAUAAUGCUGUUUAGCUGAAGUCUAUAAAGACAGGCAUGCGAAAUGUCAGUGGGAAAGUGCUAAGCUUGCAAUUGCAUGGAUAAUUUUUACUUGCUUUACCUGUGAAUUCAGUGUUUCUAAGAUCAUUAAUACCCAUCCAGGACCAACCACUAUCGCUAACCUAUACCACCUGCUUGAGAUGCUGAUAGUUGUAGUUCAGUUUUGAGGUUACUUAUGCAUCAAUGAACCUUAUCACUGGGAACAAGUCUUUCUGCCCAAUACAUUUCCAUCAGCAAAGCAGAUUCCAGGAAAGUCCUGCCUGAGAAGAGGUUCUACAGGGCCGUGGUCUUUCUUUGCUUAAAGCAUGAGCCUUCUACCUAAGCAAAUAGCAUGAGGCCCCACUUCCCCUUUAUUAUUGGCCUAGCAGAUACAUAUUUUGGUUGGAUAUGUUAGUACAAAUGCUGCCUUACAUGUUGUAUAAACCUUUGUAUUAAAUGUUCCAGGCAGGUCCCACAGAGAAGAGUCCAUUGAUAUCUGGGUCCUGUAUAUUUAAUUCUUGUGAUGCUCAAAACUGUAGAAAGGCAAGAAAUGAACUUAGAGCGAGGGUAGCUAACCCCCCUUGGAAAUGUUGCAAGGAUCUCUCUGUUAGAGAACAAGCUGAUCAAUGAGCGGCUAUUUGAUUUGAUUGAUUUACACAGCUCAUGAUGGGAAUCACCUAAGAUACCAAGCUACCCAAUCAAUAUAAGAUGCUUUUGACAUUAAUGGGGAAAAAUACCUUAUUUAUAAAUUAUUUUCUGUUUCACUAUUCACAUUAGAAUAAGAGGGCAGAGACUAUAUACAUUAUAUUGGGUGGGUGGGGGUUUUUUACCUUCAAAAAAUAAAGCGUUUUCAAUAGCGCCAUCUACAUUUUUGACCACUAUGGACACUCUAGUUCAAAAUAUAUCAAGGAAACACAACAUGACAGCUCCCCUUAAAUCUAAAAAAACUAUUCUAUCCAGGCAAUAAGCUUAAAAACUCAUAUUUAAUUGUCCGUCUUAUGGAAGACAAACAUAAGAUAAACUUCUUAUGUCCAGAAUGCAUUUUCCCUUGGAGCUACACUGAUGAUAUAUACAGUAUUGCUGAAGUGAGCAAGGGGACGGUAUGGAUUGCAUGGGUUCGCCCAACCUUGCCAUAAAGCAAAAAAAUGCAAAGUUAUUACCAUGUCAUUAGAUGUGGUGGGGUUUGUGUUGAUUGGUCCAAAUUGCCAGUGACGUGUGCGCAAUGCUAAUGUGCUGCUAAUGCUGUAGGCUUAUGUCUCAUUUAAAUAAAAGAUACAAUUCUAA